AUGGAUGGGGAAGAAGUUUGGGAUGGAGAAGAAGUUAAGGAGGGAGAAAUGAUUAUGGAUGGAGAAGAAGAUAAGGAAGGAGAAGAAAUUAGCGAUGACGAAGAAAGUAAGGAUGGAGAAGAAGUUAUGGACGGAGAAGAUAUUAAGGAAGAAGUGAAGCACUUGAAGGAGAAGAAAUUAAGGAAGGAGAAGAAGUUAGGGAAGGAGAAGAAGUUUGGGAUGGAGAAGAAGUUAAGGAUGGAGAAGAAGUUUGGGAUGGAGGAGAAGUUUGGAAUGGAGGAGAAGAAUCGAAGUAUGGAGAAGAAGAAGUUUAGGAAGGAGAAGAAGUUAAGGAAGAAGAAGUUUUGGAUGGAAAAGAAGUUAAGGAUAAAGAAGAAAGUAUGGAUGGGGAAGAAGUUUUGGAAGGAGAAGAAGUUUGUAAUGGAGAAGAAUCUACUAAGUAUGGAGAAGAAAUUAAGGAAGAAGAAGUUAAGGAAGGAGAAGAAAUUAGGGAUGACGAAGAAAGUAAGGAUGGAGAAGAAGUUAUGGAUGGAGAAGAUGUUAAGGAAGAAGGAGAAGAAAUUAAGGAAGGAGAAGAAGUUACGGAAAGAGAAAAAGUUUGGGAUGGAGAAGAAGUUAAGGAUGGAGAAGAAGUUUGGGGUGGAGGAGAAGAAUCGAAGUAUGGAGAAGAAAUUAAGGAAGAAGUUUAGGAAGUAG